AUGCCAGCCAUCUUGUCAAAGAUUAAAGAGCAGGCGUUUAGAGUUCAGCCGACGAUAGCCGUGGGUGUCGGUGUAGGGGUGGCUCUAGCCGCUUGUGCCGUGUACGGAACCCGAGAAAAGAAACAGCCACCGCCCUGUCAUAACAAUAACAACUACAAGGUGGCAAAGAACGGCACACUACACGCAGUUCAAAAUGGAGGCACAGAUGGUCAAACAUGUGGUGGACGCUGCGGCUCCGAGCAAUGCGCUCUUUGCCGCGGUGAUGCUGACACGGACAACAAGCAAAAUAUUGAAGAAGCGGAUGAAACUACACCUCCUCCAGAAGAACACGUUCCUGGUUUAAAUCUAGAGUUUUUACGGCAACUGAUCUCGCUAGCGAAGAUUAUGGUGCCGAGUAUACGAAGCCAAGAGGUGGCGUUGCUGACAGCGCAUACGCUCUGCCUCUUCUCCCGAACCUUCCUCUCAAUAUAUGUUGCCUCUUUGGAAGGAUCUAUUGUAAGACACAUAGUCCAGAAGGACCUUCGCCGCUUCACCUCUCUGCUCGUCCAAUGGUUCGGUAUCGCGAUACCAGCUACCUUCAUUAACUCUAUGAUCCGUUACUUGGAAAGUCGCUUGGCGCUCGCCUUCCGUACCAGAUUGGUGAACCAUGCAUACGACUUGUAUUUCAAAAAUCAAACCUACUACAGAGUGGCUAAUCUAGAUGCUAGAAUAGAAAAUGCCGAUCACAGAUUAACAGAGGACGUUUCGGUGUUCACACAGUCUGUGGCCCACCUCUACAGUUCGCUCACAAAGCCGUGUUUCGACCUGCUCCUCAUCGUGCUUACCCUGGCCAGCUACUCCAACAAGAUGAAGGGCAACAUCUUCCUAGGGCCGGGCAUCGCCACGGUGGUGGUGUGCCUGACGGGGCAGCUGCUGCGGCUGCUGAGCCCGCGCUUCGGCGCGCUGGCGGGCGAGGAGGCGCGCAUGCGCGCCAACCUGCGCCAUGCGCACAGCCGCCUCAUCACCCACGCCGAGGAGGUCGCCUUCUACGGCGGACACCAGGUGGAACUGGGCCAGCUUCAAUCAGCGUAUAAGCAACUGGUGGCGCAGAUGACGACGGUGUUCAACAAGAAGCUGUGGUAUGUGAUGCUGGAGCAGUUCUGCAUGAAGUACGUGUGGUCCGGCACGGGGAUGGUGAUGCUGGCGUUACCCAUUCUCACUGCAAAGAAGACCGAUGAUGGCAGUAACGAGGGAAUAAGCGCGCGAACGGAAUACAUGACGACUUCGCGGAAUCUUCUCAACUCCGCUGCAGAUGCGAUCGAGAGACUUAUGUCUAGCUAUAAGGAGGUGGUGACGCUGGCGGGGUACGCGACGCGCGUGUCGGACAUGCUGCUGGUGUUUGGUGAGGUGGCGCGUGGCCGCUGCGUGCGUGCCGUACACACUGCCUCCCCGCACCCCGGCUUCCAGGUCACGUUCCGCGAGCGCCAGCCCGUGCCUCAGGGCAAAAUAACAUACACCAACGACCUGUCGAUCCGGCUGCGUAACGUGCCGAUAGUGACGCCGACGUGCGACGUGGUGGCGAGCGGCGUCACGCUCGACCUCGCGCCCGGCACGCACUUGCUGAUAGUGGGGCCCAACGGUUGUGGAAAGUCUAGCCUGUUCCGCAUAAUCUCGGGGCUGUGGCCGGUGUUCGGCGGCGAGCUGGCGGUGCCGCGGCCGUGCGCCUGCCCGCACUGCGCCGGCGAGCCCGCCGCGCCGCCGCACUGCGCCGCGCGCCCCGUCAUGUUCUACAUCCCGCAGAGGCCGUACAUGUCGAUGGGGUCACUGCUGGACCAGGUGACGUACCCAUCGCGCGCGGCGCCGGGCGACGCGGAGGCGGAGGCGCGCGCGGCGCACAUCCUGCGCGUCGUGCGCCUCGAGCAGUGCGCCGCGCGCCUCGGCGGCCUGCGCGCGCUCGCCGACUGGCGCGCCACGCUCUCCGGCGGCGAGAAGCAACGCCUCGCCAUGGCGCGCAUGUUCUACCACCGGUCAGUACACUCGCUCACACUCACCAGCUCGCGCCUCGAGCAGUGCGCCGCGCGCCUCGGCGGCCUGCGUGCGCUCGCCGACUGGCGUGCCACGCUCUCCGGCGGCGAGAAGAAGCGCCUCGCCAUGGCGCGCAUGUUCUACCACCGCUCGCGCCUCGAGCAGUGUGCUGCGCGCCUCGGCGGUCUGCGCGCGCUCGCCGACUGGCGCACCACGCUCUCCGGCAGCGAGAAGCAGCGCCUUGCCAUGGCGCGCAUGUUCUACCACCGGUCAGUGCACUCGCUCACUCGCUCACACUCACUAGCUCGCGCCUCGAGCAGUGCGCCGCGCCCCUCGGCGGUCUGCGCGCGUUCGCCGACUGGCGCGCCACGCUCUCCGGCGGCGAGAAGCAGCGCCUCGCCAUGGCGCGCAUGUUCUACCACCGGUCAGUGCACUCGCUCACUCGCUCACACUCACCAGCUCGUGCCUCGAGCAGUGCGCCGCGCGCCUCGGCGGUCUGCGCGCGCUCGCCGACUGGCGCACCACGCUCUCCGGCGGCGAGAAGCAGCGCCUCGCCAUGGCGCGCAUGUUCUAUCACCGGUCAGUGCACUCGCUCACUCGCUCACACUCACUAGCUCGCGCCUCGAGCAGUGCGCCGCGCGCCUCGGCGGUCUGCGCGCGCUCGCCGACUGGCGCACCACGCUCUCCGGCGGCGAGAAGCAGUGCCUCGCCAUGGCGCGCAUGUUCUACCACCGGCCUGUGUACGCGUUGUUGGACGAAUGUACCAGCGCGGUGUCGAUGGAAACCGAAGUGGUGAUGUACGAAGAAGCAAUUAAGGAAGGCAUCACGUUGCUCUCUAUUUCGCACCGACCCAGCGUUUGGAAAUACCAUACGCAUGUACUGGAGUUCGACGGUGCCGGUAACUGGUCAUUCCGGCCGUUGGAAAAAGAUGUACCAGUCGUUACCAUCGGCCCUCUGUCUAUUUCUUCCGAAACGGCUUCGGAUUCUGUAGACAGUGGCGGGGAGCAGUGA